AAAUCGGAAAGAUGACUCUUCAGUAAUUGAAUAAAAGGGUAUAGAGAUAACAUAGCCUACCUGUAACUUGUAAGAGUGUCAAUGAUGCAAAACAUUUAAAAUAUGCAUUUACCGUGUAUUUUGUAGAUUUCGUCUGCAGGAAGAGAAUGUUAGCCAUCUGCGUGAUUUUUGUUUAGGUGCAAAACAUUUUCGGUACGUACAACUACAAGUGUAAACUUUUGAAAGUAGAAUUUUCGGUUAACGUCUUCCAGUUCCAGUAAACCAUUACCAUAGGAUGAAUCCGACAAAAAAGUUCCAAUUUCUCAUCCAUAGCUACCAAGAAGCCUUGGCUUGUUUAGAAGUCGUCGAAAGGAACCUGCAGCACCCCCGCGAUCACUGGCAAGUGUCUGAAAGCAAUAAAUUUGCUCCACCAGAACCUCCAGGUUCAUGCAAUUGGAGCUGCACGUCUGACUCCAUGUACCCAAGUGGCCAUCCUACUCGAAGUCACUCAAACGAAGUCCACACAAUUCACGGUGGUCUUUGCAACCAGACGAGCGAUGAGUCGGACCGUGUCGGUGGUUCUAAUUUGAGCUCCUCGAAGCGAAAGGCUUAUGUUUGUGUUGCCGAAAAAACUCCAAAAAAUCUUAGUUACGCCGAAAACAUUCAUCACGGAAGCCAAAUUCCUGUUAAUUUUUGUGACGAAGUGGCAGGCAGUAGCUCGACGAGAAAGGCCAUUAUUUCUAUCAUGAUAACCAGCGCCCCUGAUCAACCGUCUCUGGAGCCGAUCCCUGGCAGCGAGGAGGCGUGCAGUCUACCGCAGACCAGAGACGAAGCUCACCUAAAUAGCGGCUCAAGAAUGCGUCCAAUGGAUACGACAACCUUGUUCUCUCGGGACAAAAUCCUGACCGAAGAUAUGCUUGGUGGCAGCAACGAGCCCUCAGGCGUGCACGAUAUCUCGACCUCAGACAGCGACCACGACGCUCCGGUUUGGUCCAACUCUCCCCGGUCCAGCGAUCGAUCCGGCACCGAUACAUCCGGUUCACGUCAGGACAGUAGUACCGACAACGCUGUUACGGACGUUUUGCUCGAGCGAUGCUCCAAAAUACUUGCCGCUGUUGAGGCACAAGUGCAUUCUCAUAAUCCAGUGAUAAAGGAAUCUUUGGUAUCCCUACUGCGGUCACUGGAGCUACAACGGCAUCUUUUGCUACAAAGGCAAAACCGUGCGCUUCCGAGCGAUCCUUCGUACCUGGAACCACAGGCGCCGGUUGAUGCCGCGACCCACGCCCAUGUCAACUUGUUCAACGCGCCUCCUGACCACUGUCACAUUCAAGAGGAGCCGCAGAGCGCGGCGAGCUGUGCCGUGGAGAGCAUGCGGACCAGCCCAGCGGGAGGCGCGGGGCUGGCAGGCGUCGUGGGGCUACAGGAGGUCAAACAAGUCCUGCAGGAGGCGUUCGUGUGGCCGCGUCGCUUCCCUCAACUUUUUCAAGGAGAAGCAAGCGGGUGCUGGUCGCGGCUGCUGCUGUACGGCCCACCGGGCACCGGCAAGACGCGCCUCGCCAGGGCUCUCGCCCAGGAGCUCUGCUGCCCUCUGUACACCGUCACGCCCUCAGCGCUGCUCUCCUCCUGGCUCGGCGACUCCGAGAAGAUCGUGCGUGAGUUGUUCAGCCGUGCUCGCAGUGAGGCAGGUCCUGUGAUCGUCUUCAUGGAUGAGAUGGACGCGCUCUGCCGCACUCGCACACACGCCGAGGACGACUCCACGCGCCGCAUCAAAACAGAGCUGCUCGUUCACAUGGACAACGACCGGAGAGCUGACACUGCAGGCCAUCACGGGUGCAAGAGAAACUUUACUAAUUUUACUUCCACUACAAAAGAUCAUUUCACGUCUACGAAUAACAGCUGUCAUGUCCUGCAGGAAGAUGAUGGCAUUUCUCCUUCCAAAAAACUCAAUUCCGCGAAAUUCCCGCAUCUGAUGAACAGUUUUUUGUCGAGGACCGUGGACGCAUCUAUUCGUAAUGAGAACAAUAAUCGUCGCGGACGAGUUUCAUCUUCGGACGAAGAUAUUUUUUUCAUGAGCGAUGAGCCUCAUGAAGGGAGCUCAGUUUACCCUGGCAUGGACAGCACAACCCACGGCACAUUUCGCAGCGGCGACCAAAACGAUGAGACGGGCGGCGUCAAUCAGUUGUUCGUCAUCGCCGCGACUAACUGCCCAUGGCACGUCGACCCGGCCUUUUUAAGACGAUUCCAACGUCGAUGUUACGUCGCACUCCCGAACGGUACGGAACGUCGUGCGCUGCUGGAGGCAGACUUCGCAGGCCGCCGUGUGGAGCUUGACGCAGCCUCGUGGCAAGAGGUCAUAUCGGCCACUGAGGGCUACUCAGGCGCUGACCUCGGCAACUUGGCUACCACCGCUCGCUGCCUGCCAAUCAGAGAGCUGCAUUCUGCUCGCUAUUGGCAGUUUACUGAUGACAACCUGAUCAUGCCGUGCAGCAGCGACACGCUCGGCGCCAUGCAGUACACGCUCGACAUGCUCCCCAGCAACAGGGUGACCGUUCGGCCCGUGCGACUGGAGGACAUCCUCGCGGCAGCUCGCGCCACUCCGCGCUCUGUUCCCUCUGCCCUCCUGCAGCAGUAUGCUGAUUUUUCCUCCUGCUAGUUAGCUCUUGUGUGGAAUGUCUAAUGUAAGGCACUCAGUAUAUUUAGAAUUAAUUAAAUAUCUAUCUUUAUCUUUUGUAAUGUUGCCUUUUUUGUAGUAAAUAUCAGCCAUCUAGCUACUCCGAGUAUACUGGUUAUUAAUAAAAUAAGUCAAGUCUCAAGCAUUGCUUUGUUUCUAGUCAUUAAUUCACAGGUAUACUAUACUAGAUCGAACAAUCGCUGGUGCCUUCUUAAAAGAACGAUCAAUUUUCACACCUUUACCCCUGUAGCAGACCGAGAAUUUAAAAACCUCUUAGCGGUAAUAGAUUCACACGGUGCCAUGUGGUGUACACGGUGCCAUGUGGAGGUGCAUGACGUAAUGUCUUCAUAAUAAGUUGAUUUAGUUGCAGUGUUGCACUAUAUUCUAAUGUGCUAGUAUCGAUUCUAUAAAGAAGUACAAAUUACAGCAAGUGGGUUACAGUAGGUGAGAAAACUUAGUUUAUAAAGACAAGUUAAGGUGAGAAAGUAAACUUCAACUCCUUCUA